UUGAUGAGAUUCAAAUGAAAGGCCUAGAUUUAUGAUGGCCUAUUCAAUUGGAAGAUGUGUAACUAAAAAACUCCCAACUGUCAAACCCACAAUGGCCCCUCUCUUACCUAACCCCCCUCUCUCUCUCUCUAUAUAUACACACAGUGACACAAACAUCAGAUUCAACCUUUAUCAGUUGAUAACCGUUUGUGUGCAUCAAGACAAAUCUUGUUUAUUUCCUUCUUGAAAACACAAUUUUAGAGGGAGAGGGAGAUGUUAGGUCAGGAUUUGAGGAGAACCGUAGAGAGAGAGAAAGGUACAGAAAGAGAGGGGGUGGGUGGAGAGUGGCGGCGGGUGGCGGUGGUGAUGGGGCGGUGAAGUGGGACGGCAACAGUGGUUGUUAUGGUCAUGAUUGUAUUGUAUUACUUACUAUAUGUCAUGUGGAGUUUGUGACUGGUGACGUGUACGUAUGGCAGGAGGGUGUGAUUUCAAAGUCCUAAUUAAAAGCUUGUGCACUUGUGGAAAAUUCAGACAAGAAGUUACUGAAGAUAAAAGAGGCCCUGGAUCAAUGCCUCAUCUAGGGGUGAAAUUACAUAUUGAAGAUCACCAUGUGGUGAUUGACAAUGGCAUACUUCAAGUCACUAUAUCAAAGCCGGAGGGAAUUGUCACUGAAGUACGAUACCAUGGCAUCGACAAUUUGCUCGAGGUUCUCAAUGCUGAAACUAAUAGAGGAUACUGGGACAUUGUUUGGGGUGCACUGGAUGGUGGGAAAGGAGGAGGUUUUGAAGUGAUUAAAACAACAAUAUUUGAGGCUAUGGUGGAAACUGAGGAGCAGGUGGAGGUUUCGUUUUCAAGGCCAUGGGAUCCCUCUUUCCAGGACAAGCUGUGUCCCAUGAAUAUAGACAAAAGGUUUAUAAUGCUUCGUGGUGUCUCGGGCUUCUACUCCUAUGCCAUUUAUGAACACUUACCUGAAUGGCCUGGUUUUAGCCUUGGUGAAACGAGGAUCACUUUCAAGCUCCAAAAAGAGAAGUUUCAUUACAUGGCCGUGGCAGAUAAUAGAAAAAGAUUUAUGCCUUUGCCUGACGAUCGGUUACCAGGAAGAGGCCAACCUCUCGCCUACCCAGAAGCAGUUCUACUUGUCAAUCCUUUGGAGCCCGAACUAAAAGGAGAGGUGGAUGACAAGUAUCAGUACUCGUGCGAUAACAAAGAUCUGAGGGUUCAUGGUUGGAUAUGUAUGGAUCCACCCGUGGGGUUCUGGCAAAUCACACCCAGCGAUGAGUUUCGAUCAGGCGGGCCCAUGAAACAGAACCUCUCCUCCCAUGUGGGCCCCACUACCCUAGCGAUGUUUCUCAGUGGUCAUUAUGCUGGGGACGAUCUGGUGCCAAAAGUUAGACAGGGGGAGCCAUGGAAGAAAGUUUUUGGCCCGGUUUUCAUUUAUCUUAAUUCUGCGAUGGAUGGGGAGGAUCCACAGCUUGCACUAUGGGAGGAUGCCAGAAGACAGAUGAUGGUUGAAGUCCAAAGCUGGCCCUACAGUUUUCCAGCAUCUGAUGAUUUCCCAUCAUCGGAUAAACGGGGCAAUGUUAGUGGUAGAUUACUAGUCCGAGACAGGUAUAUCAAUGUUGAUUAUAUAUCAGCUAACGGUGCUUAUGUGGGGCUAGCCCCACCAGGUGAAGUUGGAUCAUGGCAAAGAGAAUGCAAGGAUUACCAAUUUUGGACCAGAGCAGACGGGGAAGGCCAUUUCUCUAUCAACAAUGUACGUAUAGGCGAGUACAAUCUUUAUGCAUGGGUCCCUGGAUUUAUUGGAGAUUACAAAUAUGAUGUCGCCAUUACCAUAACCUCAGGUUCUGAAAUCAAUAUGGGUGAUCUUGUGUAUGAGCCUCCGAGAAAUGGGCCCACCUUGUGGGAAAUUGGCAUCCCCGAUCGUUCUGCUGCAGAAUUCUACGUACCUGAUCCUAAUCCAAUGUAUAUCAACAAACUUUUUGUCAAUCAUCCUGACAGAUUUAGGCAGUAUGGAUUAUGGGACAGGUAUGCGGAGUUAUAUCCAGAUGGGGACUUGGUCUACACGAUUGGCCAGAGUGAUUAUCGUAAAGAUUGGUUUUUUGCUCAGGUUACCAGGAAAAAAGAUGACAAUUCAUAUGUAGGAACCACAUGGCAGAUCAAGUUCAAACUUGACAAUGUCACCAAGGAUGGAACCUACAAUUUGCGUGUGGCAGUAGCAUCUGCAACUCUUGCGGAAAUGCAGGUUCGGUUUAAUGAUCCAAACACGAAACGUCCUCUGUUCACUAGCGGACUAUUUGGGAGGGACAACUCAAUUGCGAGGCAUGGCGUUCAUGGGCUCUAUUGGCUGUACAAUGUGGAUGUGCCGAGCACUCAACUCCGUCAAGGAGACAACAUCUUAUACUUGACACAACCAAGGAACCAGAGUCCUUUCCAGGGAAUCCUUUAUGACUAUAUUCGUUUAGAAGCUCCCUCAAGUUCUGAUUGCGGAAGGUCGGUUUGAAUUCGUUUUUGUUGAAACUUCAGACAGAAAUUACCAUACAGUCGGCUUGGAAUGUUUUUCCUGUAGAGUCGAUGCAAUAUAGUAUAAUGUUUUCUCAUACAUUUGAAAGUUUGUUUCUGACAUUUUCAUUAUUAAAUAUGGUGUGUAUUUUCUCCAUUCUGGAUUUGUAAACUUCUACCUAUCAUCAGAGAACUUCUCUCAUUGUGUUCAGUUGUUCCAAGAUGUAAACAAGUGUUGCUUGAAAA